GUAGAGAAUUGGCGAGAUGGGUGAGAUGGGCAAUAACGGUGACAAGGACGACUGGUUGGAGGGAAGUUUGGAGGCUGGCAAAGAUAAUUGCGGCGACAACACCAACAAUAGCACGAACAACAACAACAACAACAACAACAACAACAACAACAACAACAGCAACAACAACAACAACAACAACAACAACAACAACAGCAACAACCACAACAGCAACAACCACAACAACAACAACAACAACAACAACAACAACAACAACAACAACAACAACAACAACAACAACAACAACAACAACAACAACAACAACAACAACAUCGAUAACAUCGACAUUAAGGAUAUUGAUAAAAUUGGGCGCGACAGCAAAAACAGCAACAACAACAACAACAUCAACAACAUCAACAACAUCAACAACAUCAACAACAUCAACAACAUCAACAACAAUGACGACGACUGUGGCAGCGACGACUACAAAAGAAGCAGGGCAAACAGCGGUGUCAGUGCAGCUGUGAUCAUCAUCGACAUGAUGGGGGAGAUACCGCAAGCGGACAUAGUGGAGAUUGGGGUCGGCAUGAAAAAAAGGUGUGCUAUCUCCCCUCCCCUCAAUGAUAGUGACGGCGACAAUAACAACAACAACAACGACGACGACGACGACGACGACAACGGCGACGACGACGACGACGACGACGACGACAACAACAACAGCGACGACGAAGGCGGAGGCGACGACCAUGGAAGCAGUGGGGUAGAAAGCGGUAUCCGUGCAUCUCAGAUUUUCAUCAGCGUGAUGGGAAUGAUGCCGCAAGAUGACGUGGUGGGGAGUGGAGUUGACACGGAGAAAUGGUUUACUGUCUUUCCCCCCUCCGACUUCGAUACGGAAUUGCUUCUCGUCGUUUGGUAGAGGAUAGGAGUAGGAUAGUCGGUGGAGAUUGGUGUUGCCCGGCCCACAAUAUCAAUCAUCAAUGGGGUGCUUAUCACCCCGUGGGUUGGAGGUGGGCUGUUUAGGGAUUAGCUUGCAGGAGGUCAAUCCUUCCCUUGUGCAGGGAAGUAAUCAAUGCCCCCUGACAGU